CGCCGCCGCCUCCCUCAUGGUGCAGUGCUGCCGCGGGCCGUCGGCGAGCCGCUGCGCAGGGCUUUGGCACGGCGCUGCAGGGAGCCGCCGCUUCAUGCGCUCGGGCCGCCGGGGAGCUCGCGACGGCGACGGCGCUGACAUGAAAUAAAAGCCGACGGGGCGAGCCGGCCGCAGCAGGAGGAGGCCGCGGGAGAGGAGGGGAAAGGAAGAGACCCCAGCCGACGUUACAAAGCUGCCCGCGUAUCGUAUGUUCAGGUCCAAACGCUCAGGUCUUGUGCGGCGACUUUGGAGGAGCCGUGUCAUUCCGGACAGGGAAGGUGGAGAUGGGAGCGCCAGGAGCAGCCACGACCGCGGAGCCGCCAGCAGCUGCAAGACCCCGGAGAAAAACCCCUCGGCGGAGAUCCGCGCGGUAACGCGCAGCCUGCUGCGGGAGGCCGAGGAGCUGUGCGCGGGGGCGGCCGGCGGGGCGCGCCGCGGCGACCCCAUGGCCGAGCGGCUGCGCGCCGCGCCCGACGGGCCGGGCCCGCGGUGGGCGCGGGAGAGCGACUGCCGGGCGGUGACCUGCUGCCUCUUCAAGGAGCGGGAGCCGGGCGGCGCCGCGGCCGCCGUCGGGGCGCCGCGCUCCGGCGACGGCGGCUCCCCGGAGCGGCGCGGCCGCGAGGCGCGCUCGCGGCUGCUGCUGCUGGAGCAGGAGCUCAAGGCGGUCACGUACUCGCUGCUGAAGCGGCUCAAGGAGCGCUCGCUGGACAGCCUGCUGGAGGCGGUGGAGUCCCGCGGCGGCAUGCCCGGCGGCUGCGUGCUGGUGGCCCGCACCGAGGUGCGCCUCGGGGGCCAGGCCGCGCCGCCGCACCUGCUCCUGGGCAAGCUCUUCCGCUGGCCCGACCUGCAGCACCCCGCCGAGCUCAAGCCCCUCUGCGAGUGCCAGAGCUUCGGCGUCGCCGACGGCCCCACCGUCUGCUGCAACCCCUACCACUUCAGCAGGCUCUGUGGGCCAGAGUCUCCGCCACCUCCUUAUUCUCGGCUGUCUCCCAAUGAUGAGCAAAAGCCACUGGAUCUAUCCGAUUCCACGUUGUCUUACACUGAAACGGAGGCCACCAACUCGCCGAACGUCGCGCCCGGAGACUUCUCAGAUGCCAGCACGUCACCCGAUGCCGUUAAAAGGAGCCAUUGGUGUAACGUGGCCUACUGGGAACACCGGACUCGCGUUGGCCGCCUCUACACGGUGUACGAACAGUCUGUCAGUAUAUUUUAUGACCUACCUCAAGGAAACGGCUUCUGCCUCGGACAGCUAAACCUGGAAAACAGGAGCGAGACCGUGCGAAGGACUCGAAGUAAAAUCGGCUACGGGAUUUUACUUAGCAAAGAGCCAGAUGGCGUGUGGGCCUACAACCGCAGCGAGCACCCCAUCUUCGUCAACUCCCCGACACUGGACAUCCCCAACUGUAGGACUUUGAUAGUGCGCAAGGUGAUGCCUGGCUACUCCAUCAAAGUGUUCGAUUACGAGAAAUCCUGCCUCUUGCAACACGCCACCGAUCUGGAUUACGCGGACGGGCCCUACGACCCAAACAGCGUGCGGAUCAGCUUCGCGAAGGGCUGGGGGCCGUGCUACUCGAGACAGUUCAUCACGUCGUGUCCUUGUUGGCUGGAGAUUCUGCUCAGUAGCAAUCGAUAACGGUCAGCCUCUGACGAAAGGAAAAACAAAACAACAAAAAAACAAAAAAAAAAAGACACAGACUAUCCCAAAUAUCAUCUACCUAGAUUUAAUAUAAAGUUUUAUAUAUUAUAUGAAAAUAUAUAUUAUACUUGUAAUUAUGGAGUCAUUUUUACAAUGUAAUUAUUUAUGUAUGGUGCAAUGUGUAUAUGGACAAAAAACAGAAAAUGCACUUUGGCUUAUAUAAUUCUUUCAAUACAGAUUUUUUUAAAAAAAAAAAUUAUACAGCAAAAAUAGGAGAAAGACCUAAUUUUGAUGUAUGGUUUUUUUGAAAUAUUAAUACCCAGACAAAAAACUAAUACCAGUCACUCAUCGAUAAUAAAGUAUUCGCAUUA